AUCCGCCAACCCAAUCCCGAAGAAGAAGACGCGCGAAAAAGGAUAAAUAUCACCACCACCCAAAAGAAAAUUCGAGAACACCGGCCAAAUAACUAGUCUUCAGAGGCUGGUAUUUGUAUUUUUUUUAUUGGGAAUUAUAAUUACUAUCAGAUAAAUCAUAUUUUCUUAAACCACAGUUGACACAUUUUAGGUAGCCAGCUAGUUAUAACUCGGCAAAUAACGAUUCCUUUAAAAUGAACCGGCAAUUGAACGGUUUCCAUAACUCGCUCAUUGAUGAAGACUGCUUUUUGUUCACCUCUGAAUCUGUUGGAGAAGGUCAUCCAGAUAAGCUUUGUGACCAGAUCAGCGACGCUGUGCUCGAUGCGCAUCUCAAGCAGGACCCUGAUGCCAAAGUGGCAUGCGAGACAGUGGCUAAGACUGGGAUGAUUCUGCUGGCAGGGGAGGUCACCUCCAGGGCCAAUGUAGAUUACCAGAAGGUUGUCAGGGACACCAUCAAGCACAUUGGCUAUGAUGACUCAUCCAAGGGCUUUGACUAUAAGACCUGCAAUGUCCUGGUGGCCCUGGAGCAGCAAUCGCCUGACAUCGCUCAGGGUGUUCACCUGGACCGCAAAGAGGAGGAUGUGGGGGCUGGAGACCAGGGUCUGAUGUUUGGUUAUGCCACUGAUGAGACUGAGGAGUGUAUGCCCCUCACCAUCGUCCUCGCCCACAAGCUCAAUGCCAAGAUGGCUGAACUGCGCCGCAACGGAACCCUGCCCUGGCUGAGGCCAGACUCCAAAACUCAGGUGACUGUUCAGUACAGGCAGGACCGUGGGGCCAUGCUUCCAGUGCGUGUGCACACUGUUGUGGUGUCUGUGCAGCACGACGAGGUAAUUUGCCUGGAUGAGAUGCGUGACGCGCUGAAGGAGCAGGUUGUGAAGGCUGUGGUGCCCACCGUCUACCUGGACGACGACACCAUCUACCACCUGCAGCCCAGCGGCCGCUUCGUCAUCGGAGGUCCUCAGGGUGAUGCUGGCCUGACAGGACGUAAGAUUAUUGUGGACACCUACGGAGGCUGGGGGGCCCAUGGUGGAGGGGCCUUCUCUGGGAAAGACUACACUAAGGUGGACCGCUCUGCUGCCUAUGCUGCCCGCUGGGUGGCCAAGUCCCUGGUGAAAGCUGAGCUCUGCAAGCGUGUACUGGUCCAGGUAGCCUAUGCCAUUGGAGUGGCCCAUCCCCUGUCCAUCUCCAUCUUCCACUAUGGGACUUCCCAGAAGAGCGAGAGGGAGCUGCUGGACAUUGUCAAGAAGAACUUUGACCUCCGCCCUGGUGUCAUUGUCAGGGAGCUGGACCUGAAAAAGCCCAUCUACCAGCGGACCGCUGCCUAUGGCCACUUUGGGCGGGAGGCCUUCCCCUGGGAGGUCCCCAAAAAGCUCAAAUACUGAACCCCAACCUUCCCACCCAGAGCUGUAGGUGUACUACAGAAAAACCAACACACUCUGGGAGGGAAGAAUGCCCCCCCCCCCCCCAAAACGCUAUCUACUCCCUUAUUGAAAAUGUUACACCUCUGUCCCCUCCUCUUUACCCACUUGAAAUUGCUUGCACACUCCUUGAAAUCCAUUUCCCUGUCUUUCCCUCUGACUGUUCUGUAGUGAUUUGACUUCACAGAAAUAUAUUCUCACCCUAGCCUGUCUACCCAUAUCUUUAGCUAAUCCACUCCCUGUACUCCAUGUCAUGUGCCAAGGAGUGGAAUGUUAGCUAAAGACUACCCCCUUCCCUCCUCUCUGUACCUAACCCCCACCCAAUGUUUCUCCAUUGGGACAAAUAAGUCAUGGCACGUUUAGGGUUGAAGAUUGCUAGGAGUAAUUGGGUAGUUGCAACUCUUGUCCCCCUUAGCUAUUUUAUAAAAAUUGAAAACUUUUUGUCAUUUUGUUAGACAUAACCAAACAUGUAAUUGGGGAAGAGGAACGUGAGUUUGUCGUAAAACAUGGUACCUUGUUUGGAAGCGUAAUCCCUUCAGACCAUGUUUUCUGAUGUGUUACAGAGAAGUCAGAAGCUGCUAAUGACCUCUGGCUUGUUGGGAUAUACCUUCCAUAUCUCUAGUUCUCUAUCACGUUCUUUGUCACUUGAAGAUGUAAUGUGAUGCACUCCCCCUCCUUAAACUGUGGUUACAGAGAAACUCAGCUUGUCACUCUUGAUGAGGGGCUGUCUUUAGCCUGGUUCCUGAAGUGUUCUACAGAAAAACUUUGGGUUGCGGCCACAAGGUGGUGCUCUAAGCAUUCGCCAGUGUUAUUUAUAUUUCAGCGACAAGGGUUUGUGAGAUGACUGACCUCCCAGAAGUAAAACAAAUGUAAUAUUUUUGUUCCCGUAGGCCUACAGAUGGAAGCAAAAGUCUGGCUGGUGUUGUACAGAGAAACCGGCCUUGUUUACAAUGCUCUCUAGUGGGUCUGUGUGGACUGUGUCUUUCUUGUUUUCUCUGCUUUCUUGUCAGUCUGGUUACUGAAGGUGAAAAAGUGCCUUUUCUAGUGUUUUCCCUCCCUCGCCACCCAAACCCUGCCUACUGCUACCAUCCCCAACCCAUCACAUGUGAUAUAGCCCGUCUCUUGACCCCUAAACACCCCUUCCUUGUCUCAAAUGUUCCAUUUCCGAAAGACCUGAAACGCUGUCCCACAUGGGAAGUCUUUGAAUAAAAGUCUAUUCUGGCA